AGUAUCGCAUCCACCGCGUCCAGAAGCGGAUGAAGCCUGGUGCUUUCGUGCGCGCAAUAUCGUGAGCUUUUUAGACUGAUUCAGCCACAGGACACCGUCGGGAGCUUUCGGUUUCGGGACACACUCUCCCGCCAAUCGAUUUGGGAGCGCCAUUUUUUUUAAUACCCUGUACUCACGGAAUUGACGGGGCAUCGUUGUGGAUCAAGAUACAGAAUCCCAUGCCUUGAAGUGCUGGGAAAGUCAUCUGGUGUGGCUCCAGGGAAAGGCACAUGUGCGGGUUACGGGCCUUCAGAACGAGGAACAGUCCGUCUCAGAAGACGUCUCUGCGUUGGGGCGAUAACUGUUUCACCGUAAAUUCAUCUGCAUCCCAGCUACGCAGAUAUCCUCCAAUUGCCACCCACUAAAGUGGACAACUGAAGUGUACAAAACAAGCCACCAAGAAAAAAAAACUUUGAAGCCACUCAAGAAACCCCAAAAGAAAAGUGUUUUGAACUUUCAAAGCUCCCAAAGUCUUCUUGUAAAUGGAUUAGAAGUUCCCUCAGAGUUGUGUUUUAGCAAAAAAAAUGAAGAAUUGAUCGUUGGUGAAGAGUUAGAAAAAAAAUAAAAGUAUCUGUGAUGUGCUAACUGCAAGAUCUCCUGAAGAUUCAUUCGAAUUAUCCUUGUUUUGCUUUCCAAACGCAAAUUCACGUGGAAAAUUGAUACGAGAAAAAAUUUUGCCGACAAGAGGGUGUUGAGCAUCUCCUGUUAAUUUGGAGGGUGGAAAAUUUCUGCAGAAAAUCAUUUAUUUUUGCGGCAAAAAGUGCGAAAGCUUGUUUUUUUGGACUUCGAAGCUCUCUGAUAAUUUGUGCGCGCAGGUGACACCAAGAGCAAGAAAAAAAUGAUUAAUAUCGCUGGUGUUGUGAGCAUCGUGCUGUUCUACCUCCUGAUCCUGGGAGUGGGAAUCUGGGCUGGACGGAAGAAGGAGGAGGGAAAUGAUUCUGAGGAGGAGGUAAUGCUCGCGGGAAGAUCAAUUGGUCUCUUCGUGGGCAUCUUUACCAUGACAGCAACCUGGGUAGGAGGAGGAUACAUAAAUGGAACAGCAGAAGCCAUAUAUACAUCCGGAUUGGUUUGGUGUCAGGCUCCUUUCGGAUAUGCCCUGAGUCUCGUGUUCGGCGGAAUUUUCUUUGCCAAUCCAAUGCGAAAGCAGGGCUACAUUACAAUGCUCGAUCCACUACAGGACAGCUUUGGAGAGCGCAUGGGAGGUUUGCUUUUCCUGCCCGCUCUCUGUGGCGAAGUCUUCUGGGCAGCUGGAAUCUUGGCUGCCCUGGGAGCCACCUUGUCUGUCAUCAUCGACAUGGAUCAGCGUACGUCCGUUAUCCUAUCAGCCUGCAUCGCUGUCUUCUACACCCUCUUCGGUGGACUCUACUCUGUUGCCUACACCGAUGUCAUCCAGCUAUUCUGCAUCUUCGUGGGUCUGUGGAUGUGUAUCCCAUUUGCCUGGGCCAAUGAACAUGUUGACAGUCUGUCUGAUAUGGAAGUGGACUGGGUGGGAUCUGUGGAUCCGAAAGAGCACUGGUUCUACAUCGACUACGGAUUGCUGCUGAUUUUUGGCGGGAUUCCAUGGCAGGUGUACUUCCAGCGGGUGUUGUCCAGCAAAACAGCGGGUAGGGCUCAGCUUCUAUCCUACGUAGCGGCCUUUGGGUGCAUCUUGAUGGCCAUCCCACCGGUUUUAAUUGGAGCUAUCGCCAAAGCCACUCGCUGGAAUGAAACAGAUUACACCGGGCCAUAUCCGAUAGCAGAAAAUCAAACGAGUAUGAUCCUGCCCAUGGUCCUGCAGCACUUGACCCCAGACUUUGUAUCCUUCUUCGGACUUGGUGCUGUCUCAGCCGCUGUGAUGUCAUCAGCGGAUUCCUCAGUCCUCUCGGCAGCUUCCAUGUUCGCCCGCAAUGUUUAUCGCCUGAUCUGGCGACAGAGGGCUUCUGAGAUGGAAAUCAUCUGGGUGAUGCGAAUUUCAAUUUGCGUGGUUGGUGUUCUAGCGACUGUGAUGGCUUUGACAAUACCCUCAAUCUAUGGUUUAUGGUCAAUGUGUUCAGAUCUCGUCUACUGCAUCCUUUUUCCUCAGCUCCUCAUGGUAGUCCAUUUCAAGCCCUUUUGCAAUACUUACGGCAGCUUUUCUGCCUACGUCGUGGCAUUCCUCGUGAGAUUGUCAGGAGGGGAGCCCUUGCUUGGUCUCCCAGCUGCCAUCCACUAUCCCGGCUACGACGAAGACAACCAACGUCAACUCUUUCCCUUCAGAACAAUGGCCAUGGUGAUGAGUUUGAUUACCUUAGUAGGAGUAUCUUGGUAUAGCAAAUGGGCGUUCGAGACGGGUCGUUUAGAACCCAAAUACGAUAUCUUCAGGUGUGUUGUGAAUAUUCCAGAGGAUGUACAGAGAGUUGGAGAGCCCUCGGAAGCAGGAGAACAGCUGUCGGUGAUGGCCAGUGCCAUGGGUAGGAUGUACGGGGCAGCCACAAUGGUGGGCAAGGAUGAGAUGAAUGGGCGAGUUAAUCCAGCAAUGGAGCCAGACGAUGAUCUGCCCAUUGCAGAAGUGCAACGAAUCCGCGCAGCCGGUGGAGGUGGUCAAACUGGUCAGGAUGUCCCUGUGCCAGGAACAGGACAAGCCAAUACUGCCUUCUAAUAUCCAAAGUAAGUGGCCGGUAAGGGGGUUCCGAAAGACAAACACUUGAGCAUAAUCUCAGCAUAAAUAUAACCAAAUUGAUGAAACCAAAUACAUAUCACUGUAAAGUCUAAUUGAACGUUAUACAAUAAGAUGAAUAUUUAUUGAAUGCAAUGCAGACAAAGAUGCUGUAGUUGUUAGUUGAUGGGCAAUGCAGAGGACUCGAUGGAGAGUAUUAAAAUGAAAAAUUAAUUAUCUAUAUUUAGAUUCUAUUUAGACAUAUCAAUAUUAUACCUAAAAAAAGAGUUAUUGAAAGUGAAAAAAAGUAUUAAAAGAAAACAUUUUAGCGACCGUUGCAAGAAAUUUAAAGACAAAAAAAAAUUAUUUUGAAAUAAAAAGAAAAAUUCCUAAUGUUUCUGAAGUAGGUAACCUAUUUGACCAUGGGAUACUUUUGCAUUUGUUGAAUGUUUCUUGUUAUGGUUACAAAUUAACAAAAAAAAAUGGGAAGAAGCACAAAGUAAUUAGUUCAAUUACUCUUUAAACGCCUAAAGAAAAUUUUCUUAGAAUUAGCUGUGCUAUAAAUUAUUCUGUGGAACAGAAAAGAAGAGCAAAAUAUAUUUUCAGAAAAAAAAGAAAGAGAAGUGAUUAUCAUUGUUACCAAGUAAAUUGCAUAAAAAUAAGAGUUUAUAGUGAUUGAGUUUUUUUUCCGGAUUGGGUGCUAUGAGAAAAAUGCAGAGAGAUAAGCUUGGGAGGGAAGAGAAUAGUUUUUGAAAAGAGAUUUAUUUAAUAACUAAUGAGUUUUUGCGAGAAAUAUGAGAUGAUGUAUCGCUUGAAGGAAGUGCAAAGAUAAAAGAAAAGAUGUAUAUUGACAUGAUACAGCUAAUCUACCAAAGAAUAAAAAAAAAACGUAAGAAGUCUCAGAAGAUAAAAAAUAAACAUCGACUGUUUCGUAAGAAGAAAAGGCAUCACACUUUUAGGAAAAAAAAAUAAAAAUAGUGAGACAUAAACAAGAAGUAACUUUAUUAAUAAAGUAAAUGUAUAACGCUUAAAUAGAACUGAGAAGAUAUUAAAUAAUUAAAAUUAAAUUGUAAUUUGAGGAUGAAGAAGUAUAAAUAAACAUAUCAAUAUGGUGUCCUUCCAGAGCAAGUUUAACACGAAAUUGAAAGAGGGUUGAAUAAAAAUACUGAAGAAACCAAAUACAUAUCACGUAAUAAUAUUUAGUGUUUAUAGCCUUUAAGACUAUUUUACUUAUAUACAAAGUGUACUAACAAACUAAAGUGAAACACAAGACAGGUGAAGCUAAAAGCAUUUCCUUGCAUUUAGCUGGAGAUUUAAAUUUACCUGCUAAAUUCAUGUAAAGUUUCAAGUCUAAAAGACAACACAGAAAAAAAAGAACAAA